AUGCAGAAGCAAAACCCUUCCGAGAGUUCUCCAUCCUCUGAUGACACUCGCACACACAAUCCGCAGGGUGGUGAAGGUGAGAUCAUGAAAACCCCUUGGCAAGUGUUGGAGGAGCUUUGUGGUGGCGAUAGCGAGAGUGGUUGUAGUGAUAGCAAGUGUGGUGGUAGCAGUAGUGGUGGAGUCCCUGUGGUUGUGACGGUAGUAGUGAGCGGUGGUGGUGGCGGUGGUUCUUCGUCGAGUGUGGUUGUGACUCCGGUGAGUGAGGGAGUGCAAGCCAAAGGGAGAGGAACGUCUGAAGUGAGAGACCCUUGCCCUGUUUGCAACAAAGAUUUCACAACGUGGAAGGGUGCUUUUGGCCACAUGCAUGCACACCCAAAUUGUGAUUACAACGGUUUCUUCAAGUCUCGUGUGUUUGCUUCCUCGUCGCAAUAUCAACCACCUAGUGAUAACAACAAGAGUGAUGGUGCAAAGAAGAGUAGCACCACUAGUAAUAGUACUAAUGAGGUUGACAAUAGUGGGGAGAAAAGGUUGAUAUCAUCUCCUAAUCAAGUGUUGGACUUUGAUCUGAAUGAAUCAAUGGAGGAAGCUGUUAAGUCCUCUCACAUCGCUAAAGAGAGUGUUCGGAAGGAAAAGGAUCUCGGAUUUGACUUGAAUCAAAUGCCUCCUGCUGACCAUUAUGAAGGAUGAAGAUCUCAAGUUAUGGGUUUAAAGUGUGUAUUGUUGAAAUCAAUAUAUAUCAAGAAUAUGAUGAUAGUUGAGAUGGUUUGAUAUAUAAUAUAAUGAAAUGUUGGUUAACAUUGUUGCAUUUGUUAAUUCUAUGGGUUUUGGAGAGUAAUGCAUCACUAUGAACAAUUAAGUUUAAGAUGUUGAGAUAUAUAUACAUGUACAUGAAGGUCGCUGGUUCAACUUCUUAUAUGUAUAUUUGCAUGCAGUCAUGUAAUAUA